CGCGGAGCACACCUGUCACUCUAACUGACUCGGCAGCCGGCAGGCAGCGGGUCGCUGGCUCCAGCCCGCUGGAGGAGGAGGCUGCGCGGAAGGAAGGAAAGAGUCGGCGCGCGGCCGCUUGCAGGCGUGGGUGGCGACGCCGAGGGGCGGCGGCGGCGCGCGCGGGCGGGGUGUGCGCGCCGCCGCCGCCGCCGCGUCACCAGCGUGCGGCACGUGCCCGUGUUUACGUCCCUCGUGGAGCACGGACGUCAGCAGCCGAAUGGCAACAUUGUGGCAAUAGUGAGGCUUAGAGUUUAGAAGACGCUUCCAUCAGUGGGCCCAGCUCAGGGCGGUCGGGAAGAGGAGGAGGGGCGGGGACAUCGGCCCGGGCGAGCGGCGGAGACGCACACACCGCCGGCCCCGACCGCCUACCGGCCUAUCCGGCCCCGCGGGACCCGAGCUUCACCUUCGGAGCGCCGCAGACGCAGCACCGCGGCCUCGCGCUGGGGGCAGCGCCGCAGCGCGAGGCUUGUAAACAGAUCCGACUGCACGUGACCAUGUGAACUACCUGCUCUGGGGACGCGUAUUGUCUUUCCUACGAGCGGCGCCACAAAGGAGCGCGGCGGGUCCGAGUGCUGAGGGUCGGGUGAGCGAGUGGGGAGAGCCGGCCGGCGCGCUAAGAUGGCUGAAGGCUCCCGGAGAGGGUGAGCGGGGGGCGCGGCGCAGCCAGCCGGUGAGUCCUGAGGCGGGCAGGGCCGGUGGCGCCUCCCCCGAGGACUGGCGUCGGAGCCACCAUGUCGUUCGCGCUCGAGGAGACGCUCGAAUCGGACUGGGUGGCCGUGCGACCCCAUGUAUUCGACGAGCGUGAGAAGCACAAGUUCGUCUUCAUUGUGGCCUGGAAUGAGAUUGAGGGCAAGUUUGCCAUAACCUGCCACAACCGAACGGCCCAGAGACAGAGGAGCGGCUCCCGGGAGCAGGCGGCGGUGCGAGGGGGCGCCGAUGCCGGUGCCCUCGCGUCCGACGGGGCCCGCGCGCCGGGAAGCCCGGCGGGCAAGGGCCGACCGGAGGCCACUGCCUCUGCUACUCUGGGCAGAAGCCCGGGGUCCCGGAGGAGCCCGGCCUGGGCGGAGGGCGGCUCUCCUCGGAGCGCGCGGAGCCUGCGGGGGGACCCGCCGCUGCGGAGUGUGGCCGGCAAAGUGGCGGAGAGCCCCCUCAGGAGCCCGGUGAGGGCCAAGAAUAGCCCGGUGCGGAGGAGAUCCGAAGGCCGAGAUUUGGCGGGGGCCGCUGCGGCAGUCCCGCCGGCGCCCAGAGAGGGCCCGGUGUCUUCGGUGCGGGUAGUGAGCGCCUGCGGCGCGGUAUCCGAAGAGAUCGAGGUGCUGGAAAUGGUGAAGGAGGAUGAGGCGGCCUCGGCGUCGUUGGCGCCCUCGGACGCGGAGCAGCCGCCGUCCGCAGUCGAGCUGGAGUCCCCAGCCGAGGAGUGCAGUUGGGCCGGGCUCUUCUCCUUCCAGGAUCUGCGCGCUGUGCAUCAGCAGCUAUGCUCCGUGAACUCGCAGCUGGAGCCCUGCCUGCCUGUGUUCCCCGAGGAGCCCUCGGGCAUGUGGACGGUGCUGUUCGGCGGCGCCCCAGAGAUGACUGAACAGGAGAUCGACACUUUGUGUUACCAGCUUCAGGUCUACCUGGGCCACGGCCUGGACACCUGCGGCUGGAAGAUUCUUUCCCAGGUACUCUUCACCGAGACGGACGACCCCGAGGAGUAUUAUGAGAGUCUUAGCGAGCUGCGGCAGAAGGGCUACGAGGAGGUGCUUCAGCGGGCCAGGAAGCGCAUCCAGGAGCUCUUGGAUAAGCACAAGAAUACAGAGAGCAUGGUGGAGCUUCUGGACUUGUAUCAGAUGGAGGAUGAAGCCUAUAGCAGCCUUGCAGAAGCCACAACUGAACUCUAUCAGUAUUUACUGCAGCCAUUCAGAGACAUGAGAGAACUUGCCAUGCUACGAAGACAGCAGAUCAAGAUUUCCAUGGAGAAUGAUUAUCUGGGUCCGCGGAGAAUUGAAAGUCUACAAAAAGAAGAUGCUGAUUGGCAACGGAAAGCUCACAUGGCUGUGCUGUCAAUUCAGGAUCUUACUGUGAAAUAUUUUGAAAUAACAGCUAAAGCUCAAAAAGCUGUAUAUGAUCGAAUGCGAGCAGAUCAGAAGAAAUUUGGUAAAGCAUCAUGGGCAGCAGCAGCUGAACGUAUGGAAAAACUCCAGUAUGCAGUUUCUAAGGAGACUCUGCAGAUGAUGAGAGCUAAAGAGAUCUGUUUGGAACAGAGGAAACACGCACUAAAAGAAGAGAUGCAGAGUUUGCAGGGUGGUACAGAAGCCAUAGCUCGGUUGGAUCAGUUAGAAGCUGAUUAUUAUGAUCUGCAACUUCAGUUGUAUGAAGUACAGUUUGAAAUCUUGAAGUGUGAAGAGUUACUAUUGACAGCACAACUGGACAGCAUCAAAAGGCUUAUAUCCGGUAUGGAAAUUUGUAUUGCAAAACACAAUGAAAAAUUUCAACAGCGCCUUCGGAGUGAAGAUGAAUAUAAAACUCAUCACACAGUACAGCUAAAGAGAGAAAAAUUACAUGAUGAAGAAGAAAGAAAAAGUGCAUGGGUUAGCCAAGAAAGACAGAGAACACUGGAUAGACUUCGAACUUUUAAACAGAGGUACCCAGGGCAAGUCAUACUUAAAUCAACCAGAUUGCGACUCACUCAUGCAAGAAGGAGAAGUGCAGCCAGUCCUGUGCCUUGCGAGGAGCAGUGUGACUCUCUACCAGGAGUGCUCCAGGUGGAAGAGAAGAGUGAAGAGGUGGAGGAAGGAAGAGGUGAGCCUGGGUCAUCAAAGACAGCAGAAGCUCAAAACCUCACACAACUUGAAGAUACUUCAUUCGCACAACUUGAAGCCACUUCAUUACCUCUCAGUGGUGUUACCUCUGAACUGCCUGCCACUGUAUCUCUUCCACUUUUAAAUAAUAUUGACCUUGAACCAGGUUCUGUUACUAUAGAUCCACUCCCACCACCUCUUCCUCCAACACCUCUAGAGGUUAUACAAUUUGACUUGAAGAGCAAUCCUAACUGUAAUUGUUCUCUUCUGUUUUCUAAAGUGAGCUCACCCAUGGAUGAGGUGCUAGCUUCCUUGAAACGGGGUAGUUUUCAUCUGAAAAAGGUUGAACAGCGGACUCUGCCUCCUUUUCCUGAUGAAGAUGAUAGUAAUAAUAUCUUGGCACAAAUAAGGAAAGGUGUAAAAUUGAAGAAGGUACAGAAGGAUGCUUUGAGAGAAUCCUUCACACUUCUGCCGGACACAGACCCUCUAACACGGAGCAUCCAUGAAGCUCUUAGAAGAAUCAAAGAAGCAUCCCCUGAGUCAGAGGAUGAGGAGGAAACUUUGCCUUGCACAGACUGGGAAAACUGACAAGUGACUUUACAGAAAGAAAAAACACCUUGAAAAACAGUUGAAGAUCCGUUGAUACUCUGUUGGAAAACAAAAUUUUAACCACUUGGUUCCACAGAUCCAAUCUGUAUUGGCUCAGUGAUGUGAAAAAAAAAAAAGGAAGCACUUUUGGCAAGUUACCAUUUUUCCAGUCAUUCCAGUAGAUGGUUAACAUGAGUGUUAGAUGUUCAAUGUUCCUGACUUCAGUGAAGAAGAGACCUUGCAGAGGUUCCUGUUUUUUAAAGCACCUUUCCCUCCUGUCCACCCAUUUAUGUUCUUGUAGUGGCCAGUAAAGCUUAGGGAUUGCUCUGAGCUGGAAGAACACUGGGUUGACAGAGACCUACUGUAAAGUGUAUUGGGACUGCUUUGAAAUUCAUCUUUCAGUGCACUGAAUAGUCAUUUGCUUGAAAACACAGAGCUGCUUCUAUGUCAGCUAAAAAGUUUACCAUAAUAUCUGUAGGAUACGAAUUGAAAGAAAAUCAGAUGGAAAUGCACUGAGAAUUUCCAUAUUACUCAUCUCCAAAUGGGAAAUUUUCACAAAGGUGUUCAACAGCAUCUGAAAAACAUACAUAAUCAUGGAGAUACACCUAUUAAUGUGUUUAUUUACCACACAUUUGACAUGCAUAUUUUUAGAAGACCACACACUCUUACACUUGGUAAGGUUUUGGAGUAAAAAUUUCUGUGCUUUUAAAUAGUUCUUUAUAAUUGUGAAUUUAUAAUAGUUUGAAUUUUAUGUGCAGCUUUGUCUAGGAGAAGCAAUAGUCUAUAAUUAUUUUUAGUCUUUUGUUUGAACUGUUGCUUGAUUAGUGUAACUCCACAUGACUUUCCUAUUGAGAAUCAGAAAUCAGAACUCAACAACAGGGAUGCACAUCUCAAGUCUUUUUACCAUACAACCCUUUAAGUUUUUAUUUUUAUGCUCCACAGUGAAAAGUGUUCUCUACAAAUACACAGAAAGUAGACAGGUAGAAAAGCCUUCCUGGCCGGCAUUUCACUCUUUUCACAUGUCUUGAGUGGGGUUUUGGGAGAUAGCCUUUGUUAUUGUCACAGAAUUUUAAAACAUGUAGUUCUAGGUGCCGAUUUUGCUAUAAUGAAGUCCUGAAGGAUGUGCUUACAUGAAUGAAACUGUUACGAUCCUCAGCAGGACUGUCAUGGGCCUGAAUAAAGGUAGAGAUGUUGGACCCCAUUAUAGUACUCUGGAAAGUACUAUAAGAUAGAUCUUGGCCUUUAUGUGAAGGGAAUUAAAACUGGAGUACCAAAAAUAACUUUUUUCUUAUGAGGGAUUCUCUGGCCUAGACCCAAAAAGCAGUCCCAGAGUAAAAGCUCUCCAAAAGUGUAUAUAUUGGUGUUCCUGGAGGAAAGAAGAUCACUUUUGUCAUUUUAAAAUGUUAUUUCCUUUAAGUAAUCAUGGAGAAAGCUUUCUGAGAACAGGUAGCAUAAAAAUCCUUGUGCUUAAAAGCUGGUAAUGUACCUACUGAUAAGACUAAUUAGGAGCCUUACCACAGCAUUUUCACAAUACAUUGGUUUUAUGCUGGCAUUAUUCCCACAUGUUGUUGCAGGAGGUUAGAUUUUUUUCCUAUGAAUCUUCAGUGAAGAAUCAAAGCAUGCUUUUUAACCCCAAAAAUGAUUGGUUUAAUAUAUAUACAUUUUAAAUUGUUUAGCAAAUUUGCAAAACAUAAAAAAAAUUGUAUCUAUUUUAUGCCUUUGGAUGCUUUUUGCAAUUUUUUAAAAAAUUCAUUGACAUUUAGAAAAAAUGCAGGAGGAUCUAAUAUUAAAUUAACAGCAAAAGCAUUGGAACUUGCAGAGGGUCAGAAGGAAUUGCUACCCAUUUAGUGUUAACAGUUGGGAUUCCAUUAACAGGCUUACUUAUAAGAGGGUCCUGUGAUCCGUCUUCCUGAGCCAUGUAGUAAAGUCUCUAGACAGUAAUGGAGGGAGUACAGAGCCCUGUAAAUCCUUGUAGGGUUGGCUUCACAGCUCUAAGCACAUCCCAGUGUAGCACUCCAUGAAGGUCAUCUCACACUGAAAAGUGAGUAGAUUACCAAAAGCCUUGUUAGUAGCCAACUGUGCUCAUUUUCUGGUAAAUAACUUUCUUCAGUGUACCUACCCAUUUCCCCUACUCAAUAUUCAGGUUCCUAUUUCCACAAAAUUACAUUACUGCAGAUCAUCAACCUUUGGAGUUCUCAUAAAUAACAUUAAAAUUUCAAAUAACUACAGUCCACUUGUCCAUCAAGAUGAGAUUCCAGUUAAAUCCUCAUUUUAACUUUAACAGUUUCAGAACUGGCAAAAAUUACAUAAGUGUGGUCAAAUCCCCCCACCCCCACCCCCGACCCUUCACCCUAAUAAAAUUAGCAUCUUUGGCCAUAGUGUUAAAUUUGCAUAUAUUUAGUUAUGAUGGUACUUAGAUGAUCACGUUUCCAGUUCCAGACUUGCCCAUACCAUUUAUAUGGUUGAAAAUAUCUGACAGUUAUAUUUCUGUUAAUGUAACAUUUCUGUAUUAAGAGUCCACACCAAACAGCUGCUUGCUUAGCUGAAUCAAUUUAUAAGUCACUACCAACCUAGCCUCAGCUGCAAUGUAUUUAAAAUAAGGAAAUAAGUAGAUGGUGACUUGGGGAAAUUUUGAAGUUAAUUGCCCACCUGAAUGUCAAUUUUAAAUAUUUCUCUUACUAAGGCAAUCAAAAUUAUGUAUAAAUAACCAAUGUGUCAUGUAUAGAAAAGGUAUUCCUGAUUUAAAAUCCUAGUGGUACUGUAGUGUGGCAGUAUGAGAAAAUGCCUGGCUAAAGAGUAUUUUUAAAUGAGCAGUUGUCUUGCUUACUUGAUAUGUAUUUUACAGGCUUAAUUGAGUUUGUGAGUGACAGGAAAACAAUCAUUCCUUAGUUUUUCAUUGUGGAACUGAAACAUUUCUAUAAAGUGCAUUUUCAGGUGAACUUGUAGAUGCAGCAGCAACAGUUGAUCAAGUGUAGUAUUUCCCUGGUGGGAAUGUGGGACUUUUUACAUGAAACCAUAGAAAAUUUUCAGCUCUUUCUUGUACUCCAUAUAAUGAGGAGAAAAAAAAAACCUUGUUCCUGAAAGCUGAACUAGGUAGCAAUAUUUGGUAACAUGGCAUGACCACUUAAUGUUAGUAAUUAAAUGUGGAAAAUUUUAAAGCAUACUUUGGCCAUCGCAGGCCUGAGAAUUAAAACUCUCUGUCAUUGGAACAAAAACUAAGGGGCAGCAUCUGUUUGUAAUGGGAUCAGAAUACAAUUAAUACAGUUUAAUUGUAUACAUUACCAAAUACCCCAUUUUAAAAUUGCAUUCAUUGAGUCUGAGUAUAAAUUUAAGUCAAUGCUUUUAGCCUGAGGAAAGCUUUUUUUCCUACUAAAUACAAGGUCCCCCUCUUUUCCUUUAUAAUUUAAUAAUUAUGCACUUAAAAUCAGAUACCAACCUGUAAAGUGCUAAUGGGUCUUUAAAGAACUUAUCAGGGAGUUGAAAUUUCAUAUACUUUACCUGGUUAUUUGUAAAAAAAAUCUUUUGAAACAGCUGUAAAACAUUUAAAAACUGUAGCAGAUACAUUGUUAACAUGCAACUGUAUGGUAGUCAAAGCAGAAACCUUACGUUUUAUCUAAUCUUGCACUGAAUUGAAAUAAUAAAAAGUGAAAUGUUCAUUUACACAGAUUUUAUUUCCCACUUAUUGCUUAGCGUAGAAGUAUGCUUAGUAUUAGAGAACUGACCAGCAAGAUUUAUUUCAGAUGAGAGAUAAGAACAUGAAAGCACCUUACUUUUUCGCACAUAUUGCAUUUAUUUAGUGCUGCUGAACAAUUCAGUAGUUAUGUCUGAACUUUGCCGCAAAGUGCUCUUUAGUUAAAGCAUAUAAAGAAGCAUCUUUGCUUAAUUGCUUUGUAAAAAGAAGCAAUGGUAUUUUUUAUCCUAUAAGUAUAGUCUAACUUAAAAAGUUUUUCCUACAAAAUGAGUUUAUAUUGCUGUCUAAACUAUUGUGUAUGUAAACAGAGGUGUUUUUUUUUAAAGGUGAGAGGGAGUCUGAGUUCUGUGUGUGUGAAAUGUUUCCCCAUUGAGUUAUUUCAAAGGUGUGUUCACUCUAAAGUUUUCUGUUUUGCCCAGAGUAAAUGUACAGCUUGGUGAUUGAAUUUAAUUAAACUCCAAAUUUAUAAAUAUUUCUCCCCUUCAGACACGUUUUUUAUGCCACUAUAAAGUGCAUGUACAGAAAAUACCUCCAAGGUUGAUUGAUACAUUAUUCUAUCAAUGUUAUUUAACACUGAAUCUCAAAGCGGCCAUUCAUUUUGAAGGUUAGGGUCAAGUUUGUUUUGUUUUGUUUAAGUCAGCUAUAAUAAGAGUGGUUCAGUUUGAGGAGUGGAGGACAGAAAGGAAAGACCGUGGUAAGUGAUUUUUAGAUGGAUACAAGAGGCGUGGGCUUUGGCUGUAGAGUUCAAUUUUAACAAGGGAUGUUUUGGGGGUUUUUUUUCACUUGCAUGUUCUAUGGUUAACUGUCGAAGAGUGUAACAAGUUAUUUUAGCUUUUUCCAAUACUAAUUAUAUUGGUUCUAAGAAGUCUCCAUCAUCGUGGGGUGGCAUUUUUUCCUUCACUUGUUGAACCAGGAGGGGGUAGUCAGUACAACCCAGGCAGUGACUUCUGAGAUCUUCAGCUUGGACAGAAUAUUCAGUCCCUUUGAAUUUCUAAUUGUACUGUAUGUCUUGCCAAGUGUGAAACCAUAAUAUAUAGUUCAUGAAAAACUGAAGGUCACAGAUAAUUUUGCAUGAGUAAAGCCCGUUAGGGCUAAUGAAACUGACAUGUAUUUAGCCUUUAUGGUUAAAGGAAAAUGUUAAUGGCAAACAGAUUCACCAUUUACUAGCUUUGUGCAAUAUUAUAAUGGUAGAAGUAAAACACUAGCACAUUGUGCUUGGCUUUUAAGAAUUGCUGUAACACCAUCGCAUUAAAUGGACAGUGUGCACAGUGUGUUGUAAAUGCCAACUCUUGCAAAUUUACAGUACUUAAAAAUGCUCAAUUAACAUUCUAAGUAUUAAAAGUACAAAGAAAAACCUAAGCAAGCAUAUUUUAUAGCAAUACUAUGAAAUCUCCAAAAUUGUUCUGUUGCCUUUUGUUCUUUAGUGCAACUUCACUGCAUUGUAAUUAUUGUAUUGCUUUGUAUUUCAUGUUUUUUACACUCAUGACUUCAGAGAUAAGUACUUGUAAACCAAGUAUUGCAAUCACCUUUCUCUUCUUGUACAUGCAAUGUAACAACAUGCAGUUUUGGUGCUUAACAAUAUUCCUUUUUUUCUUUAAUAAAAGAUAUUUAUUGAGUUAACCUCU